AUGGCAAAAAGAAACAGCUCUAGAGUUGUGAUCUCGGCAGGUCGCAUCGUAAUCCGUUCCGCGCUGGAGACGAAGAAGCCGGUGCGCUCGCGCCGCGAGUCGUCCAUCAGCUCCAUCUCGUCCGACGGGCGCAGCCGCGAGCGCGACCGCGCGCGGGGCUACAGGCGCAUCAAGACCGAGAAGCUCACCACACCCGAGAGGGAGAUGGAGUACAACAAGGCCACGGCCGGUCUGUACGGGAUGCCGCCGGGCGCUUUCGGGAUGCCACCGUACGCCGGUUACGCACCGUACGCUGCCGUGCCGCCGCCGGGAUACCCCUUCACGCCUCAAAAUUAUCGAUUCCCGUGUAACGACGACGAUCUUGCAGCGUCCAUGUACUACCCGGUGCGGGGCCAGUACUACCCGCCGCCAGAGAACUUCGGCCCCCACAGGGGCAGGGGCAGGGGCCGCGGGAGAGGAAGGGGACGAGGCGGUACUAGAAUGCCAUUCUUUGAUGGACCGGAUGCGAAUAGCCAGUAUUAUAAAUACUUCAAGCGCCUGCACGAGCAGCACCGCAAUGAUCACGACGAGCGGUCGCACUCUCGCUCGCGGUCGCACCGCCGCUCGUAUUCGCGGUCCCGCUCUCGCUCGCGGCGUCGCUCGUAUUCGCGGUCUCGCUCGCGCAGCCGCCAGCGCCGCUCGCACAGUCGCUACAGGAGCCGCUCCAGAAGUCGCAGCCGACGGUCACAUUCGCGGAGCCGACGGUCGAGUUGCAUGCGAAGUCGAAGUGCCGAAAGAAGAAACUGCGUUCAUGCCGUCUCACCACACCCGUUCGCGCUCAAGAUCUCGUAAGCGUUCGCGCACACGCUCUCGUUCUCACAGUCGUCGCUCGAAGUCGCGCUCCAAGUCCAAACACCACACUCCACCGAAGGAGCCAACGCGCGGUGCAAGCGUCGACAGCAGUAAAUUUGUCUUCCCCAACGAAAU